AUGAGUUUCUCUCCUGCGGUCUUUCAUGUAGGCGCAACGGCCCUGAUCACAGGCGCCGCUUCUGGCAUCGGUCUUGCCGUGGCACACCGAUGCUACGCGCACGGAAUGAAUCUAGUCCUCCUUGAUAAUAAUGCUUCGACUCUUAUCGACGUGUCCAAGCAACUUCCUCCCACCAAGUCACAGAAAACCUUCGCCUUCCCUAUGGAUGUAUCAAAUCUUGAGGAAUGGAAAAGUUUGGCUCCCAAAAUUCGGUCGUAUUUUCCACAUGGUAUCGACUUUCUCAUGCUCAAUGCCGGUGCAGGCUUUAAGCCCAAGGACCAUUUGGAACACUGGGAGGAUUCGGAAUAUUUCGAAAAGACUUUUGCUGUCAACGUCAUGGGAUACACACACAGCUUAGCGACACUUUUGAAAAUGGUCACCAACGAUAAAGUCAAACCACGCGCUGUCGUUUUGACUGGCUCCAAGCAGGGCAUCACAAACCCCCCGAGUAACCCCGCCUACAAUGCGUCCAAGGCUGCUGUACGGUCGAUGGCAGAACACCUAUCAUUCGAUCUGGCGAAAACGGCCCCGAAUGUCAGUGUACAUCUGCUGGUUCCUGGAUGGACGUACACCGGGUUCCACACUGCAGCUUUCAAAGAGAAACCAGCAGGUGCCUGGACACCUGGACAGGUUGUUGAAUUCAUGCUGCAGAAGAUUACAGAGGACAAGUUCUACAUUAUGUGUCCUGACAAUGAGGUUUCAGAGGAGCUGGAUAAGAGGCGAAUGCUAUGGACAACAGGCGAUAUUCUGGAAGGGCGCCCUCCGCUGUCUCGCUGGAGAGAGGAAUGGAUGGAGAAAGCCAAACGCGAAAUCGACCUCUGA